AUGUUCGUGAGAACUCAACAACUUCUUACGGUAUGCCUACUCUUUUCUGAGGCUGCCCUAUCCGCCAUCCUGCCUCGUGAUGGCGAUGAUCCAGGUGGCCAUACAUGGGUCAACCACGAUAUGAUCACGCCUUUCAAACAGGACUCUUCGCCAGGAACAGAUGGCCGCCUAGAGCGCAGAUUCAACCCGUUCCUCGCUGUGACGGGAGGUUGUGAUCCGUAUCCCGCAGUCGAUGCCAGUGGAGCUCUUGGAGCAGGAUUAAAGCCUGCUGGUGGCGGAAGAUCGGGCUGUGGUAAUGGCGGCGCCGGCCAAGUCUACGCUCGCCAUGGAAGCAGUCACGGUCGUGAUGCUAUCAUCUACAGUUACUAUUUCCCCAAGGUUCGAUGGGGUGAGGGAGAUAACGAAGGACACCGCCAUUACUGGGCCAGCGUUGUGGUCUGGAUAAACCGAUGGGGUUGCAACGCCGAGAAACCCUCCUCGUACCGGGUCGUUGGCAUCUCAUACACGGUCGAUCACUUGACAUGGGGUACAACAGCUGUUGGUGAUCUCAAAUUCAGAGCUUCGCCCACGAACCCGAUCGUUCAGAUCCACGAUAACGCUAUGGCACCGUUCCAAGAUACAGACAUAUCUGCGGCCUCGAAUCGCACUCUAAUCGCGUGGAGCUCGCUACCUAGUCCGGCGAGACAAGCCUUGACUGACGUUAAGUACGAAAAGACACAAGUGCCGUUUAACGAUGCCAAUCUCCAAGGAUCUCUUGAUGGGGCUUAUCAACAGUCAUUCUACAACGGCUUGAAGGACGGUCAGGACUGUACUAAAGACAUUCCGGACCCUGACGGUCCUGAUCUGGCCCCCGGCGAGGAAGAGCCAACUGCAAUUCCUCUACCCCCGGUUGAUAAUUAG